UUUUAAAGAGGAAAAAAAAAAUCACCUGGCGCACCUCUCCUUUUUUCUUCUAUUUUUCAGAAGCCUGGGCGGAAAGCGCGAGCGAGUCCGUCAGAUGCCAGCGGCCGCGGUGCAGGAAGCGGUCGGCGUGUGCUCCUACGGGAUGCAGCUCAGCUGGGACAUCAACGAUCCGCAGAUGCCCCAGGAGCUGGCCCUCUUCGACCAGUUCCGAGAGUGGCCUGACGGCUACGUGCGCUUCAUCUACAGCAGCGAUGAGAAGAAGGCACAGCGCCACCUGAGCGGCUGGGCCAUGCGCAACACCAACAACCACAAUGGCCUCAUCCUCAAGAAGUCGUGCCUGGGCGUGGUGGUGUGUGCGCAGGCCUGCGCCCUGCCCGACGGUUCGCGCCUGCAGCUGCGGCCGGCCAUCUGCGACAAGGCACGGCUGAAACAGCAGAAGAAGGCAUGCCCUAACUGUCAUUCUGCUUUGGAAUUGAUUCCUUGUCGAGGGCACAGUGGAUACCCUGUCACCAACUUUUGGCGGCUUGAUGGCAACGCGAUCUUUUUUCAGGCCAAGGGAGUUCACGAUCACCCAAGACCAGAGAGCAAAUCAGAGACGGAAGCUAGAAGAAGUGCCUUCAAGAGACAAAUGGCCUCUUUCUACCAACCCCAGAAAAAGAGAAUUCGAGAAUUUGAGGUAGAAGAAAAUCAAGACAGCAGUGGUCUUGAUUUCAGCAACAUACCCUUGGAAAAUCCAGAAGACUUUGAUAUAGUUACUGAAACCAGCUUUCCUAUUCCAGGGCAGCCUUGCCCUUCCUUCCCAAACUCUGAUGCUUACAAAGCUACCUGUGACCUAGCCACCUUUCAAGGAGACAAAAUGCCACCCUUUCAGAAAUAUUCAAGCCCAAGAAUCUAUUUGCCUAUGCCACCUUGCAGCUAUGAAUUGGCAAAUCCUGCUUAUACAAAUUCGAGCCCAUAUCCCACCCUUUGUAAGGAUUCCACCAGUAUCCCUAAUGACACAGACUGCAUUCAUCUGAACACACUACAAUAUAAUGUCAAUUCAUACAGCAGCUACGAGAGAAGCUUUGAUUUCACCAACAAACAGCAUGUCUGGAAACCAUCUCUUGGAAAACCCAGCCUUGUGGAGAGGACUGACCAUGGGCAGUUUCAGGCUGUGGCCACUCGCCCUUAUUAUAAUCCAGAGCUUCCCUGUCGGUACCUCACGACUCCGCCACCAGGUGCCCUACAAACCGUGAUCACCACCACCACCAAAGUGUCCUACCAGGCCUACCAGCCCCCUGCUAGGAAAUACAGUGAUGCUGUGGGGGAGAUUAAGAGCCUUUCAAGCUGUAGCUAUGCUCCUGAAGAUACCAGGAUGUCGGUCGCGGUAUAUCCAGAAGCCUGGGGUCCUCCAGCGACAGUCACCAGGGCAGCCUCUGCUUCAGGGCCACUUCCUAUGAAAACUGCAGGAGAUUGCCGCACCAUCAGACCCACUGUGGCUGUUCCCCACCAACCAGUUUCCUCUAGGACAGAUGAAGCAGAGGCUUGGGAUGCAUGUGUGUCUGGGCUGGGCACUGCAAUCAGUCACUCAGAUAGAUUAGGUCCCUUCUGUAGCUAUAACAAUGAGGAUUUUUGAAAGGCAAUUCAGGGGACAAAAUAGCAAUGUGCAUGCAGGCAGGAGGCAGGGAAAUGUGAACUGGCAGUGAUCUCUUGUUGAGUUGGGAGACUCGCCUUGUGUGCAAAAACAUACAGAUAGUAGUAAAAAUGCCGAUUAGCUGAGAAAAUAAUCAGUUGGAAAUGUUCAGGUCAUAUUGGGACAUUUCACACAGCAUUUUGAAACUGGCUACAAUACAUAGAUGUAACUCAGGAAAGUGUGAGUCUCUCAAAUGAACAAAUAAGCAACUGGAGGAGGUUAAAUACUGACCUAAGUUCACUUAGCUUAUUAGUGGGAGUAGAGGUCUGGGAUUCUGGUUCUUAUUCUAAGCCUUUUCCCAUUAGAGCACUUUAGGGAAUUUUACAUCCCUGGAGGCUGUCAAAAUAGCUUCAGGAAGAAAGUUUUACAAU